AUGGUCAGCAAACGAAAGAGGGUGCUGGAGGACUUCGACCCGAACAAGUCUGACUCCGAGGAUGAGAACUUUGACCCGUCGGAGGCUAGGGCACCAAGAAAUUCCAAGAAGGCCAGGCCAUCCCGUGGCCCUCGCCCUGGUGGUGUUCGCAAGAGAAGUCACAGAUAUCGAGGCUCCGAUAUUGACGAGGAUGACGAAAUCCUGUCCGACAGUCUGGGCGAGGACUCCUUUGUCGAGGAUGAGUCGGAAGACCAAGAUGCACCUGUGAACGCUGCUGGCCGUCGAACGAGAAAGGCUGCUAGAACCCAUCACAGUUAUCGGGAGAGUAGCGCUGAUGAGGAGGCAGAGGACGUGGUGAACGACUCGGAAGACGCUGCCCAGGAUGCCCAAGAGCUGGAUGAGCCCGCAGGCAGAAGACUUGUGAAGCUCAAGGUUCCCAAAGGUUCCUCUGCAGGGGCUACGCGAAGAGCAACAAGAGCUAGCACUGCGGAUGCAGACGAGUUCGUCGAGCUGUCCAAAUCUGGUAGGCACGCAGUGGUGUCUCGCAACUCAAAAAGCCGUAGUCCGGAGGCGUAUUCUAAAACCCGGCGGUCUUCCCGUUCUAUGAAAGGAUUGCACGCGGCCCCUGAAACCAUUGAUGAGGCGACUCAAGAAAGCAGUAACCGUGCUGCCGACGAUGCAGAUGAGCCUGACGAACUGUCACACGACUACAAGCCUGUCGAGAAGAAGGAAGAUGAGGACGAAGACAUGGCGGACACGACUGCUGUUGUUGUGGAUGACGCAGUUGAACCUGUAAAGGAAGCCGAGGCUGUGCCUAAAACUACCGCAGGCGCAGAUGCAGACGACAACGACGACGACGACGACGAUGUCCCUAUAACGCGGAGGACUCGUGCAUCACGGGCCGCCGCUAAUGCAUCGAAAGAGGACAAGGCGGAAGACACGCAUGGGGCCAGCACAAAUUCCCGCCGCUUGAGGCGAGGUCGCUCUAAGAAAUCUACUCAAGAACCCAGCAGUGACUUUGAGCCCGCUGAUGAUUCGGAGGAGGAGGCCAUGUCAGAAACAAAGGGUGAGGACAUUGAGAGUCCCACACCAAGAGGGAGAAAAGACAGGCGAAGCGCACGCAACUCACGCCGCGGCGGCGAUUCAGGUGAUGAAGAUCUCGAUGUUGACUUGGAUGAGCUGAACGAGGAAGCCCGUGAGCUUCGGCAAUCUUCAAGACCUCGCCGCCGACCUAGAGAUGAGUCACCACCCAUUGUUUACCAGGAGUCUCGUCGCGCCCGAACCAGAGUCAACUAUUACAUGCCUCCAUUGACUGCAGCUAAUAUCGAAGAGGAGGAAGUCGAGGACCCAGCCCCUACCCCAGCCCGACGACGCCGCGGAGGCGCCAGUAUAGGAUGGGAGAGAAACCUCAACACCACCUUUGGUCCCUUUGGCGGGGGUGGUGGAGGGGGCUCGCUUCUCAACGGGCCAUGGGGUACCGGCGCAGCUGGUGGUGUCGACUCUGACAGCAGCGAUGACGAAAUGGUUCACCGUUCAAGUGUUGGUGGAAAUAUCGGCGUGACACCAACAACAGGUGCUCCAGCCGGGGGCUUGCUUCCCGGUGGCCUCGGACUGAACCCCGAAGCAACGCCCAAUGUCGGCAAAAUUAAGGACAGAAAGGCUCUUGCAGAUGCAGACCCCCUUGGUGUCGACCUGAGUGUUGAUUUCAGCAAGGUUGGGGGUCUGCAAGGUCACAUUGACCAGCUCAAGGAGAUGGUUCAGCUUCCUCUGCUGUACCCUGAACUCUUUUCCAAGUUUCAUGUCACUCCACCUCGCGGUGUUCUCUUUCAUGGUCCUCCAGGUACUGGUAAAACUUUACUGGCCCGUGCCUUGGCCAAUUCGGUCGGUUCCGGAGGUCGAAAAAUCUCGUUUUACAUGCGCAAAGGUGCUGAUGCCCUUAGCAAGUGGGUUGGUGAAGCAGAAAAGCAGCUGCGUCUUUUGUUCGAGGAAGCCAGAAAGACUCAGCCUAGUAUUAUCUUUUUUGAUGAGAUUGAUGGGCUGGCCCCUGUUCGAUCCAGCAAACAGGAGCAAAUCCAUGCCUCCAUUGUGUCUACUCUGCUGGCUUUGAUGGAUGGUAUGGACGGCCGUGGCCAGGUCAUCGUCAUUGGUGCCACCAACAGACCCGACAAUAUUGAUCCUGCCCUUCGACGACCCGGCCGAUUCGAUAGAGAGUUCUAUUUCCCCCUGCCGGAUAUCGAGGCCCGUAGGUCCAUUCUCAGUAUUCACACCAAGGACUGGGGUCUGUCUGACCCAUUUCUGGCUUCUCUUGCCGAGAAGACCAAGGGCUACGGUGGUGCUGAUCUUCGAGCUCUGUGCACCGAGGCAGCGCUCAACUCCAUUCAACGGACUUAUCCUCAAAUAUACUCUUCCACAGAGAAGCUUGUUGUGGAUCCAAACAAGAUUAGUAUUCAUGCCUCGGACUUCAUGCUCUCUAUCAAGAAACUCAUUCCUUCGUCGGAGCGUUCGGCCACAUCUGGCGCGAAGCCUUUGCCCAGGGCUGUGGAACCACUUCUGCGAGCUCAAUUUGGCGAAGCAAAGCGUUUGUUGGACGAAUUGCUACCCAGGAAGAAGAAGAUCACGGCUCUCGAAGAGGCCAUGUACGAACAAUACAAUGACGAAGACCAUGGCUUUGCACGAGAAGCUAUGCAACAAGAAUUUGAGCGGUCUCGAGUGUUCCGACCUCGUUUCCUCAUUUAUGGUCCGCAUGGAAUGGGCCAAGCGUACAUUGCUUCUGCUAUCUUGCACCACUUUGAAGGCGUUCAUGUCCAGAAUUUCGAUUUACCAGCUCUUCUUGCAGAUGGGAGGUCUAUGGAACAAGUCAUUGUUGGCCUCUUCACUGAAGUCCGUCGCCAUAAGCCCAGUGUCAUCUAUAUUCCCAAUGUCGAUGCCUUCUACACGACAUUGUCUGGAACUAUUGCAUAUAUAACCUUCAAGACCAUGUUGAGAUCGAUUCCACCAACAGACCCCGUGCUCCUACUUGCUACGGCUGAGUGUGCUAAGUAUGAGCUUCCUUCUCAGUUAAUACAGGAUCUAUUUGGAUUCUCGCGUAGAAACAGAAUGGAAAUUCCACGACCAGAAAGGGAUAACCGAGUGGAGUAUUUCAAAGCGACUCUUGAGUACAUCAAGAAGAAACCGGCUGAAUUCCCUGAUCCCGAAAACCGAAAAAAGAGAGUUCUUGAAGAACUUCCCGUUGCUCCUCCUAUUGCACCAAAGCCGCCAACCAAGGAGGAAGUCAAGGCAUUGAAGAGAAAAGACCACCAGUGGCUCAAUGCCCUCAAGAUUCACCUCCAGCCAAUUAUGGACCAGAUCAAUCGAAAGUACAAAAAGUUCAGACAACCUGUCAUUCCUCAGAGUCACAUUGACUACCUCUUUGCCGAGUCUGACCCCAAUUACGUUCGACCAGACCUAGCAGGAGGGACCGUCCGGCCUUAUGAGAUUGUCAAAGACAAGUACGGCAAUGAUGUACUUCGAGACACCGCCACAGGCAAGUGCUACUACAAUUUGGAGACGACUACAAUCGAGGAGCGGCUGUCGAAUGGAUUCUACGCGCGGCCACAAGACUUUUUGUUUGACAUAAAGGCGCUUGCCAAAGACGCCAGGAACAUUGGCGACAAGGAACGCACACUGAAAGCCAAUGAACUAUUGAGCAACGUAGAGGUUGACAUCGCUAGUAUCGAAGCCACCUACGCUUUCGUUGAUUGGGAAGGUUUGCAUCGACGUCAACUUCAGCGGGCGGCCGAAGCAGCCGAGAAGGAGAGAAAGCGCAAGACGAUGCAAUCCAUGCUGGAACGCGUGCAAUCUGAUUUAGGAGGAGGCAAUGAUAGCGACUCGCAAGGACCGCUCACGUUGGGCGAGACUGUUCCCGGAUCUCGCACAACCGCACGGUUCCAGCUCCGAAGCCCGCUGUCCAAUGGACAAGAUGUUUCUGGGCAAGACCAAAGCAACUUGAGUAACGGCACAGAGGGAGCAUCGAAGGAGGGCGACGUACAGAUGGGCGGCGUAGAUGAUCGUACUCAGCAUGCAACUCAAGCAUCAGUCAUGGGACCGCCCGCAAAGUUUGGGGACGACUCUACCAAGCACACGGGGAUGACGCAGAUUUCACAAAGGUCAGCCGUGACAGCUCUGCCACCUGGAGUGUCGCCUUCGGCAGUGGUUAAUGAUGCCUCGACCACCAAGACAUCGGAUCCAUCCCCACAUCGGUCUUCCAACUUUAGUACUCAGCUCACCAAUGGCAACCACGGUGCACAGCAGAGCAGCGGCGACGGUGACCAAGAUGUGGAAUUGCCAGAUACGCUUGUGGUACCGAGCCAGGCAACACCUAGUGACGAGGUUUGGCCUCACUCACAGGCGCAUGGUCUCGCACGGGGUCAAGUGGCACCUGGGACCACCAAUAUGAGUGGCAGUCAAGUGUCAACUCCGUCUCAGGCUCGCCGUUCCAGUGGCCAAGCCGGUGAUGCAUUAACUCAGCCAUCCCAGGAACCACAGUCGCAAGAACCUCAAGGACUGCGUUACUCAGGCUCGUCCGCUUCUCAACCACCAGCUGUUGAAGGCGCAAUCGAAAAUCUGCUCCAUGUAUUAACUGACGGCACGUCGGGCUGCACGAUUGAGCAGUUGGAGCAAAUCAACCGAGAAUUGAUGGAUGAGAUUUGGAAGUCCAGACACGAAUGGAACCGCCACGCAGUUGUCGUCCAUCUGGGCAGUGUGUUUAACGAUGUGAUAUCAGACAUUGAGCAAAUUCAGGCUGUAGGGUCUUCGAGUCAGCGCGAUAGUCAUCUGGAUAUAUAA